GAAAAUUAGCAGAACUGCAAAUUAUCAAGAAGCACCUACAGCCCACUGAACACUGAACUACGGGCUGCUGAUUGACACUCCAAAUAAGGAAGAUAACAACAACCUUGGAAUAAAAAUGAGGUUCAUGCUUUUAUUAAUGGCUGUGUUGCCACAUAUCUUCAGUCUGGAAGCUGCUCCAACGACAUCAAACGCAGAACUGUAUGAAUAUGUGAAAGAAGACUCAAGAGUCACUUGCUAUAAUGGCAAUGGAGCGGACUACAGGGGCACAGCAUCUGGGUCUGAAUCAGGAAGUGAAUGUCUUGACUGGGACCAUCCACUGCUUGACUUUGGCUAUUACAGUUUUGAGCAGUUUCAAUUUGGACUUGGCGAGCACAACUAUUGCAGGAAUCCUGACAGCAGCCAGAAGCCCUGGUGCUAUGUGAAAAAAGGUCACAGAUUUGUUAAGGAAUUCUGUAGUAUUCCAGCUUGUCCACAAAAGCUAACACCCACUUGUGGCCUGAAGGAUGACAAUCUCUAUAAGAUUGUAGGAGGAGAAAUUGCAACAAUCGAUUCUCACCCCUGGAUAGCGUCCAUCUUCUACAGAUCAAGAAGUAGAGAGAUGUUCCGGUGUGGUGGGAGUCUGAUUAGUCCUUGCUGGGUUCUGACGGCAGCACACUGUUUCCCAGAGGGUCCUGAUACAAAACCUGGUCAAUACUCCGUCUAUUUAGGAAAGGAUGCUCUUAAUGCCACUAACUCUCUUAAAGAACAGAAAUUUGAUGUGGAAAAUAUUAUUCUUCACCAUGAGUUUGAUAAUAGCCAAGGAAGUUUCAACAACGACAUAGCACUGGUGAAACUAAGCGGACAGUGUGCCGUGGAGACCAGUUCUGUGAAAACUGUCUGCCUUCCCCCAACAAACCAGAUGUUGCCCCAAGGCUCUUAUUGUGAGAUCGCUGGAUAUGGAAAGGAGGCCCAUUCUUUGUGGUACUUUUCCCAAUAUCUGAGAGAAGCGACGGUUCAACUGAUUCCUCAGAAUACCUGCAAAAGCACACAGUACUAUGGGUCUCUGGUAACAGACAACAUGUUUUGUGCUGGCAACCCUGAAUGGAAAGUGGAUUCUUGCAAGGGUGAUUCAGGCGGCCCCUUGGUUUGUGAUGUCUACGGAAAGAUGUUUCUCUUUGGAAUCGUCAGCUGGGGAGAAAACUGUGCCGAGGCUUACAGGCCGGGUGUCUACACGCGGGUUACAAACUACAACCAGUGGAUUGCUGCCAACACUGGGAUAGCGGCUUUGAGUGAAGGACUCAUGUACCCUGAAAAAUUAUUCUGACACCUAGAACUUCUGCAACGUUACUGUGUCCACAAUACUGCAUCAUUACUGGUACAUUUUUGUAAGGGCGGGCCAGGUGCAUUCCACAUAUUAGAUUUUACUACAAUAUUCCACUCUAUGUGUUACCAAGAAGAAAGCUUAAAAAGUAAUAACGGAAUUUUGGGAGUCAAUAUACAUGAAGUAUAUUUUCUACUGAGAGAACAAAGCUUUAAUAAUCUCAAGCAGAACCACGAUAACUGAUGGCCAUAUGGACCAAUAUACACAGUUCUGUGGACUGACUUACAAUCAAUGUUGGCUUGUUGUCGUUAUUCUUUAAUUGUCUAUUUAGUUAGUAUUAAUCAUUUAGGAACAUAGCUAGUGGUUUCUUUAGAGUUAUAGCAUUUACUAUGUCUUGUUCUUUUAAAAGCAAAAUAUUUUUUAAUGGUUAAAGAAAAAAGCUUGGGGUAUUUUUAUGAUUAUAUAAGGAUUUAUUCAAACCAGCUAUUUUAGAUUUGUAUGUUUUAUUUAUUUGACAAAAAAUUAUUGAAAAAUAUAAUGAACAUUUUUAUUGAUUAAAACCAUUUUUAAAAAUGGAUCAGAAAACAUUAGAAAAAGCAGGCUCUGUAUAUUAGUUACAUAUACUGUAAUUGGUCUUGCCAUUUCACUAGCUUUACAUGUUAUGAUUAAUGACAAUGAAAAUGCUCUUAUUUUUUCAGUGAUUUCAAGAUUGUUAUUGAUAAAGAAUUGUUAUUUGGAAAUUAUAAGUUGUUUAUUAAAGAAAAGAUGAAAAUAAAAAUGAAUACCAGCAGCUUUUUAUUCCUGUAAAAUUUCUCAUAGUUCCCGAAUGGUUUGUAUAAUAUUUAAAACAACAAAUUCACAGCAUAGAAA